AUUAGAUUAACACAUGGAGCGAACAGGUAGCGUCAAGAGAAAAGCCAUGGCUCGGCAACACAAGGCUGAAGUCAUGAUUGCAGGAGAACAACUGAGGUUGCGGCUUCACGAUGGAAAACUGAUCAAGGACAGACGGUACCACCUACGGACAUAUCCUAACUGCUUUGAAGCGGAGGAGCUGAUAGCCUGGCUCGUGAACCAUAAGGAGGCUCCAGAUCGGACAACAGCUGUGCGUCUGAUGCAGCACCUCAUGGAUCAGGACAUUGUUCAUCACGUUUGCGAUAAGUGGUCCGAAUUCAAGGAUGCCAAAUUGCUCUAUCGUUUCCGCAAAGAUGAUGGCACAUUUCCCUUCAACACAGAAGUGAAAAUAUUCAUGAGAGGACAACGAUUGUAUGAGCAUCUCAUUGCAGACAAGCACUCAAUUCUGCAGCUAAGAGAGGAGCAGGGUGUUUCGUAUCAGCGCUCUUUUCCUGGCUGCCAGCUGAUUGAUUGGCUCCUUCAAAUCGGAGAGGCGGUAAGCCGGUCCCAGGGUCUGGAGUUGUGCCGUGCUUUACAAGGCCAAGGCAUCAUUCAGCAUGUAGCCAAAAAACACGAUUUCUUUGAUAGUGGACUACUCUAUCAGUUCUGCAUCAAUUUUCGCCGCAGACGACGCUUGUCUGAACUGCUUUGUGAAAGCAAGCAAGACGGUUAUGUAGGCACAGUGGUGUCCACACAAGAGGACAGCCACCCUGAUAGUCCAUUUUUUCUGCACAAAGGUUCACCACAGGAGGCUGCCAAUGGCUUCCAGUCAGUCGGAGCCAGUAAAGACCAGAAGCAGGUGACCAGUGGCUGCCGAGGCAGUUUGAAUUCCCUGCAGCUUGAUGCUGCAGGAUUUCCCCCGAUUGUUCAGCUGUCUUCAACCCCAGUCAUAAGAUGUAACCCUAAAUCAGUUCUAAAAAGACAUUUUACAUGUGAGGAGUUGCUGGCACCAGGAGCACAUUUUUCCAAAAGAGUGUUGACGGUGAUAGGUGAUGCAUUGGGCUGGGGCUUUGUCCUUAGAGGUGUGGCCCCUUGUUACGUGCAAGCUGUUGAUCCCGGAAGCCCUGCAGCAGCUGCCGGAGUAAAGGUGCGACAAUUGUUAUGUCAGGUGAAUGGACAGUGUGUACUCUACCUGGACUACAGGACAGUGACCACACUGGUGAUGACAGGACCUCGCAUUGUUGUCUUGGAAGUGAUGGAAUCACUGGAUUAACAAAAUAUAUAUUUCAGAAUAGAGUAUCUAUGAACAGGCUUUUUCUCUGAGCAAGUUAAAAUGACGUGAUUAUAUUCACCACACUUUAGGUGCACCAUAUAUUUUGAUUCAAUAGCAAUGUGACAAACUUUACAAAGGCAGUGAUAUUAAUUUGUGGUGGUUGUUGACAUUUUUAAGUCGUGUAAUAUUGCACUGUGUCAUACAAGGAGGUUUAACAUCUAAUGUUUUGUAUUUUUCAAGCUGGAGUACGUCUUACUCACUAAUCAGCGAAAGUCAAAACUUCAGUAAAUAUUUGUAUGAAAAACACUUCAAGGCCAAAAAUAUGAAACGCAGUAAAUGCGGUGGUGAACGUGAAUUCUUGUACUGCGUGAAAAUAUUUUCUCACACCAUCUGUAGCCUCAAAAUGUUCAGGGCUGAGGAGUAACAAGUUAUGAGGCUCAAAACUCAUCUAAUUACAAUAUUUACAGUGCCUUGCAAAAGUAUUCAGCCCCCUUGAAUCUUGCAACCUUUCGCCACAUCUCAGGCUUCAAACAUAAAGAUAUGAAAUUUAUUUUUUUUGUCAAGUAUCAACAACAAGUGGGACACAAUCGUGAAGUGGAACAACAUUUAUUGGAUAAUUUAAACUUUUUUAACAAAUAAAAAACUGAAAAGUGGGGCGUGCAAUAUUAUUCGGCCCCUUUACUUUCAGUGCAGCAAACUCACUCCAGAAGUUCAGUGAGGAUCUCUGAAUGAUCCAAUGUUGUCCUAAAUGACCGAUGAUGAUAAAUAAAAUCCACCUGUGUGUAAUCAAGUCUCCAUAUAAAUGCACCUGCUCUGUGAUAGUCUCAGGGUUCUGUUUAAAGUGCAGAGAGCAUUAUGAAAACCAAGGAACACACCAGGCAGGUCCGAGAUACUGUUGUGGAGAAGUUUAAAGCCGGAUUUGGAUACAAAAAGAUUUCCCAAGCUUUAAACAUCUCAAGGAGCACUGUGCAAGCCAUCAUAUUGAAAUGGAAGGAGCAUCAGACCACUGCAAAUCUACCAAGACCCGGCCGUCCUUCCAAACUUUCUUCUCAAACAAGGAGAAAACUGAUCAGAGAUGCAGCCAAGAGGCCCAUGAUCACUCUGGAUGAACUGCAGAGAUCUACAGCUGAGGUGGGAGAGUCUGUCCAUAGGACAACAAUCAGUCGUACACUGCACAAAUCUGGCCUUUAUGGAAGAGUGGCAAGAAUAAAGCCAUUUCUCAAGGAUAUCCAUAAAAAGUCUCGUUUAAAGUUUGCCACAAGCCACCUGGGAGACACACCAAACAUGUGGAAGAAGGUGCUCUGGUCAGAUGAAACCAAAAUUGAACUUUUUGGCCACAAUUGACGGGAAGAUGGAUGCAGCCAAAUACAGGAACAUUCUGGAAGAAAACCUGUUGGCAUCUGCACAAGACCUGAGACUGGGACGGAGAUUUAUCUUCCAACAGGACAAUGAUCCAAAACAUAAAGCCAAAUCUACAAUGGAAUGGUUCAAAAAUAAACGUAUCCAGGUGUUAGAAUGGCCAAGUCAAAGUCCAGACCUGAAUCCAAUCGAGAAUCUGUGGAAAGAGCUGAAGACUGCUGUUCACAAACACUCUCCAUCCAACCUCACUGAGCUCGAGCUGUUUUGCAAGGAAGAAUGGGCAAGAAUGUCAGUCUCUCGAUGUGCAAAACUGAUAGAAACAUACCCCAAGCGACUUGCAGCUGUAAUUGGAGCAAAAGGUGGCGCUACAAAGUUUUAACGCAAGGGGGCCGAAUAAUAUUGCACGCCCCACUUUUCAGUUUU